AUGCCUGAAUUCGAGAGUACUAUAUCUCAAAUAGAUUACCUCAUCGGCUGGAUAUGCAUCCUCCCAAGCGAGUACAAUGAAGCGAUCAAGAUGUUUGACGAGAUAUACGAUUCGUCCAAUAUCGUCCAAGGUCAUAAUGACAAGAACAGCUAUGAUGUUGGACGCAUUGGCAAUCACCUCGUGGUCAUGAACUGCCCAGCAGCUGGAACCUAUGGCCAAAUUCGUGCAGCCAAAAUUGCAUCCGACAUGAAAAGCACCUUCCCGGCAAUUCGAUUCAUGCUCCUUGUCGGGAUCGGAGGUGGUUCACCAUACAAGCAGGAUGUCCGCUUGGGCGAUGUGGUCCUUGGGACUAAAGUUGUCCCUUACACACAGGGAAGACAAGGAGACCGCGGCUUUCUGAUCACCGGUUCGACCAAAACACCUCCUCCAAUACUCCAGACUGCAAUUACUCGUCUGGGAUCAAGGCUGGUACAAGGCUUAGAUUUACAGAAAGCCAUUGAAGAUUUGGGAUCACAGACAAUUCCUCGCCCUACAAAGGACAACCUUUAUCGCAAAGACUAUGUUCAUGGAAGUGGCUGCGACUGCCUGAAGGUUGAGGCUGAGGCUUUUGCAUCUAUUUCUUCUCGUCACGCCCGAGAGAAGAAGAAUCGAGUCCAGAUGCACCAGGGCGUGGUUGGGUCUGGGGACCAGGUCAUGAAGAAUGUUGAUCAUCGAGAUCAAUAUGCCGGAUGGCUGGAUAUCAUAUGCUAUGAGAUGGAAGCAAUCGGUGUCAUGGAGACAACCUCUUGCCUCACAGUCCGUGGUAUUUCUGAUUACUCAGAUGGCCAUAAAAAUGACGAGUGGCAUCCCUACGCCUCACUAUCAGCAGCUGUAUGUGCAAAGGAGCUUUUAAAGCUCAUCUCAGCACAGAGUCUUGGUUUAUGUGCGCUGGAAGUCACUCAAGAAGAGAUCGAAAGAUCUGUCAGAGGUGCUAUUGAGGAGGUCAAUUUCUCUAUGAAUCGACAUUCAGAACCACAAAAAGAGUAUAGAACAGCAGAGCGCAAUCUUAAUACUAUUGUGGAUCGAUAUGGUCUGCUGCAGCAUAUGAUUGCUCCAGGGCUUCAAAAACUAGUCGAACAAUCAGGCCCAAGGGAUUCAUCGGAUGAGGAGCUUUGGACCAGGGUAGUUGCACUGGAGACGCUGCAGAGAGCCUUGGAGGAAUCUCUAGAUACAAUCAAUACCAACGUUCGCAAGCAAGCGAAAAGUCGAGAUACAAGCGACGCUAUGCGUCAAAAUUGGAAAAACUUGAAACGUGAUGUUGAUAGGAAAGCACGUUGGGUAUCUGAUGUCUCAAAGAUUACUCGAAAAAUCAUUGGGGCUGGUGCAUCGAGCUCACGUCGGUUCUUCCUCAUGGUUGGCAGAAAGGGAGGCCGAACCUUUCAUGACGCCGGUAAAUCCAUUCAACAUCAGUCUCGGAUAGCUCUCGAGCAUCUGAAACAUCUCAUGGAAGGAUUCAACCAUCGGUUUCGUCUUAACAAGAAAGAGCCGCCGAGUCAACCUUCGCUGGAAGCAACUCCAUCGGAAAGAACUGCCAGCUGUGAGGAUGUUACAUCCGAGAUGCCUGAUUCCGAACCAGAGCUUCGACCUCCCUUCUACCAUGGUCUUCCAACCCUAUCUCCUCCUCCUUCACAGGAGAAUCUCGAGCGAUCACUCGACAAUUCCAUCUCCAAGGGAGAGUCGUCCAACAAUCUUACCAUCGACCAAUGUGUCGGGUCCUCAAUAUUCACCGCCGCCACCAAAGCGAACACCACCAGUGAUACCACCAAAGAGAGAAAAUUGGCGAGGUCAACCCCUUACACCCCGGGACUCCGAAGAUGGAAACACAUCUUCACGCUCAUCUUCUACCAGGCCAAUGCAAUCAGCUGA